UCUGUUAACCAUGGCACAGGUGUCGCCACGAUGAAGUUCAAGAGCCCUCCGGUCAACAGCCUCAGCCUGGAUUUCCUCACCGAGUUUUGCAUAAGCCUGGAGAAGCUGGAGAAUGAUCGGGCCUGCCGGGGCGUGAUCUUUGCAUCCGCCAUCCCCAAAAUCUUCUCAUCUGGCCUGGACAUCACCGAGAUGUGCGGGAAGAGCACGGAGCACUACACUGAGUUCUGGAGAGCCGUGCAGGAGACGUGGCUCCGGUUGUACGGCUCCAACAUGGUGACAGUAGCUGCAAUCAAUGGGUCCAGCCCGGCAGGAGGCUGUCUCCUCGCCUUGUCGUGUGACUACAGGAUCAUGGUGGAGAACCCCAAAUUCAACAUUGGCCUGAACGAAGCCCAGCUGGGCAUUGUGGCUCCUUACUGGUUUAAGGACACAUUUGUAAACACGGUGGGACACCGAGUUGCUGAACGCUCCCUCCAGCUGGGCUCCCUCCACCCCGCACCCGAGGCCCACAAGUAUGGCCUUGUGGACGAGUUGGUGCCAGAGGAGAAGCUCCAGGAGAAGGCUGCGGCUGUUAUGGCACAGUGGUUGGCCAUUCCCGACCAUGCCCGUCAGCUCACCAAGUCCAUGAUGAGGAAGGCAGUGUUGGACCGCCUGGUAGCUCACCGGGAGGAAGACAUUCAGAACUUUGUCAGCUUCAUCUCGAAAGACUCCAUCCAGAAGUCACUUCGCAUGUACAUGGAGAUGCUGAAGAAGAAGAACUGA